AGCCGAGGGAAUCUAGCCGCGAGUCGCGACCAUCUCGAUAUAGCGAAAUAACCAGAGGAUCGUGGUGUAAGAACGACACCUGGAAGUAGUAUAAUAAAAGCAACACAAAAGCUAAAGUGUUGUCUUGAAACUGUUGGAAUCAUGAACAUCACUUUCGUAUUUCUUCUUGCCACGUUGUUUUGCUUAGUUUCAGGUGUUUUCCCAAAGGCACUGAACAUUCUGGCUGGGGGAGACCCCGCAAAAGACAAAGAGGAGCAGACUGAUAAAGGACCCCCGAAAGACAAAGAGGAGCAGACUGAUGGAGGCCCCCUGAAAGACAAAGAGGGGCAGACUGAUGGAGGCCCCCCCGAAAGACAAAGAGGAGCAGACUGGUGGAGGCCCCCCGAAAGACCAAGCGGGGCAGACUGGUGGAGGCCCCCGAAAGACAGAGAGGGGCAGACUGAUAAAGGACCCCCGAAAGACAAAGAGGAGCAGACUGAUGAAGAACCCCCAAACGACAAAGAGGGGCAGACUGAUGGAGGCCCCCCGAAAGACAAAGAGGAGCAGACUGGUGGAGGCCCCCUGAAAGACAAAGAAGAGCAGACUGGUGGAGGCCCCCCGAAAGACAAAGAGGAGCAGACUGGUGGAGUACCCCCGAAAGACAAAGAGGGACAGACUGGUGGAGGCUCCCCGAAAGACCAAGAGGGGCAGACUGGUGGAGGCUCCCCGAAAGACCAAGAGGGGCAGACUGGUGGAGGCUCCCCGAAAGAGCAAGAGGGGCAGACUGGUGGAGGCUCCCCAAAAGAGCAAGAGGGGCAGACUGGUGGAGGCUCCCCGAAAGACCAAGAGGGGCAGACUGGUGGAGGCUCCCCGAAAGAGCAAGAGGGGCAGACUGGUGGAGGCUCCCCGAAAGAGCAAGAGGGGCAGACUGGUGGAGGCUCCCUGAAAGAGCAAGAGGGGAAGACUGGUGGAGGCUCCCCGAAAGAGCAAGAGGGGCAGACUGGUGGAGGCCCCCCGAAAGAGCAAGAGGGGCAGACUGGUGGAGGCCCCCCGAAAGAGCAAGAGGGGCAGACUGGUGGAGGCCCCCCGAAAGAGCAAGAGGGGCAGACUGGUGGAGGCCCCCCGAAAGACAGAGAGGGGCAGACUGGUGGAGGCCUCCCGAAAGACAGAGAGGGGCAGACUGGUGGAGGCCCCCCGAAAGACAGAGAGGGACAGACUGGUGGAGGCCCCCCGAAAGACGGAGAGUGGCAGACUGGUGGAGGCCCCCCGAAAGACGGAGAGUGGCAGACUGGUGGAGGCCCCCCGAAAGACAGAGAGUGGCAGACUGGUGGAGGCCCCGAAGACAGAGAGUGGCAGACUGGUGGAGGCCCCCGAAGACAGAGAGUGGCAGACUGGUGGAGGCCCCGAAAGACAGAGAGUGGCAGACUGGUGGAGGCCCCCCGAAAGACAGAGAGUGGCAGACUGGUGGAGGCCCCCCGAAAGACAGAGAGUGGCAGACUGGUGGAGGCCCCCCGAAAGACAGAGAGUGGCAGACUGGUGGAGGCCCCGAAGACAGAGAGUGGCAGACUGGUGGAGGCCCCAAAGACAGAGAGUGGCAGACUGGUGGAGGCCCCGAAGACAGAGAGUGGCAGACUGGUGGAGGCCCCGCGAAAGACAGAGAGUGGCAGACUGGUGGAGGCCCCCCGAAAGACAGAGAGUGGCAGACUGGUGGAGGCCCCCCGAAAGACAGAGAGUGGCAGACUGGUGGAGGCCCCCCGAAAGACAGAGAGUGGCAGACUGGUGGAGGCCCCAAAGACAGAGAGUGGCAGACUGGUGGAGGCCCCGGAAAGACAGAGAGUGGCAGACUGGUGGAGGCCCCGAAGACAGAGAGUGGCAGACUGGUGGAGGCCCCGAAGACAGAGAGUGGCAGACUGGUGGAGGCCCCGAAAGACAGAGAGUGGCAGACUGGUGGAGGCCCCGAAAGACAGAGAGUGGCAGACUGGUGGAGGCCCCGAAAGACAGAGAGUGGCAGACUGGUGGAGGCCCCCCGAAAGACAGAGAGUGGCAGACUGGUGGAGGCCCCCCGCAAGACAGAGAGCGGCAGACUGGUGGAGGCCCCGAAGACAGAGAGUGGCAGACUGGUGGAGGCCCCCCGAAAGACAGAGAGUGGCAGACUGGUGGAGGUCCCCGAAGACAGAGAGUGGCAGACUGGUGGAGGCCCCGAAAGACAGAGAGUGGCAGACUGGUGGAGGCGCCCCGAAAGACAGAGAGUGGCUGACUGGUGGAGGCCCCCCCAAAGACAGAGAGUGGCAGACUGGUGGAGGCCCCGAAAGACAGAGAGUGGCAGACUGGUGGAGGCCCCGAAAGACAGAGAGUGGCAGACUGGUGGAGGCCCCGAAAGACAGAGAGUGGCAGACUGGUGGAGACCCCCGAAAGACAGAGAGUGGCAGACUGGUGGAGGCCCCGAAGACAGAGAGUGGCAGACUGGUGGAGGCCCCGAAGACAGAGAGUGGCAGACUGGUGGAGGCCCCCGAAGACAGAGAGUGGCAGACUGGUGGAGGCCCCCCGAAAGACAGAGAGUGGCAGACUGGUGGAGGCCCCCCGAAAGACAGAGAGUGGCAGACUGGUGGAGGCCCCCCGAAAGACAGAGAGUGGCAGACUGGUGAAGAGAAUAUUGAGCUGGAAAAGUCUGAUAAAAGUUUGGAAGGAGAUGAUGGAGAGGAGGGUCUGAAUGAAAUAAACACAGAAGAUGAGGAUGGAUUAGACAAUGCAGGCACUAAUGAUAACCAAGAUGCAGACCCCAAAGAUAAACCAAGUGAUUCUGGAGAGAAAAAUUAUGUGUACAAAGCUGGCAAGGAGGAAGCAGAGAGCAGCCAUUUCUUUGCAUACCUUGUAGUGACUGCUGUCACAGUUGCUGCCCUUUAUAUUGCAUAUCAUAACAAGCGAAAAAUAAUUGCAUUCUUCCUAGAAGGAAGAAAAUCGAGCUUGGGCCAACACCCCAAAUCCAGUGACUAUCAACAACUUGAUCAGAAGGUGUGAGCGUAAAGUCUGCUGUUGAAAAAAAAUGAGGCCUGUUACCAGCAACAUGGAUGAAGUACUGGGAAUCGGUGACACAACUUUAAAAGUCAAGAUUAUAAAAAUAACAGGACUUGCACCAGACUUUAGAGGUUCAAGAGUUUAUUUUGUUGAAACUUACAACAUGAAGGUUGUUAAAACAUUUUAGCUUUCUGUCUCUCUGCUUUGACUUCACACCCUGCAGUACCACUUGCAGCAUGACCAAUGCCACUGCAGAAUGGCUGGCUUUGUGUGAGAUGAAUAAUUUGCACUUUCUGAACAUUGUACAGAAGGAAGUUCUAACCAGCUGUGAAGAUGUUGGGUAUCCCUGAAGUACAUCAUCGUGUGACUGUGAAAGUUCAGCAGGCAUGGGCCUAACCAAGAGUGUUUCCAGUGUACCAAAGUUUAUAUCCACCUUUUGAUAACAUUUUACAAAUUAAUAUGUUCAGUGAUGUCAGAUAUCUGAGAUUUUCUUUAUAUUUUCUUAUGUGUACUUUGCUCUAAACAAACACUUCAUUUGAUCAGUUCCUGCAUAAUUCAUUUGAGGGUAAUGUAAAAUCAAAGGGUUCAGUACAAUGGACUAUAUAACAUAUUGUCAAGAAUUUAGAUUUAAUUAAAAUUAUAUGCCUGAUCCAAAAAAAAGCCAACAGCAUUAAAUCCUAAUUCUAGCUUGGGCUCAAACUUUUAACAGAUUGCAGUCUUAGUGUCAAGGUGUCUCUUGACAUGUGGAGGUGGGGGUUAUGCCCUGCCCACACACUACUGUUUCUAAGUUGUUCUCAGUGUCAAGGUUGCAUGACUUUGGAGAUGCAUGCAUUACUUGUUUUCAUAUGAAUUUAAGUAUUUCCCUAAUAUGCAAAGGUAUGUGACCUCAAAGUGAGGGUAAUUAUGAUGGGUACAGUCUUUACUGAUGUUAGUGAUAGGUGCAGAGAUGGGUAAUAUGUUACCUGUUCGGCAUUCUGAUUUCAAAUAGCAUGUUGCUUCAAUAUUUCACAGAAGUUAGGAUUUUAUUCAGUACACUGUUUCCUUCUCUUUCUUUUGUGAAUUUGGUGAAGUUUGCUAUCUUUUCUUGUUAUAGUCUGUUCUUGUAUUCUUUGGUACUAGUAAAUGGGAUUUUAAUGGCCAUUGUAGUUUCACUGACUAGUAUACUUACAUAUAAGAAAACUGUGAUUUACUGUGUGUACUUUUGCUUUUGCCACAUGAAAACAAAAAAAAAAAAAAAAAAAAAAGAUCAGAGCUUAAGGAAACUAAAUUAUAUAAAAUAUAAGAAUAAAAAGCUGUUACUCUGUAGUCUUUUUUUCAAAUAUUCUGAUGGCCUGUGAUAUGUCCACUUGCUUAACAAAGAACAUGUUCUUUCACUCCAGUUAAUGAUAUUGAGCUAAGGAGUGGAGCACUAGUUCUCCUUGUUACAGUAUCGUGUAACAUGCAAAGCAUUAAGUGUUUUGUAAGUUUACAACCUGCUCUCCGUUUUUGCCACAGUGGUUGUAAUGAUUCACAGUUAGCCUGAACUUUGGUAUUAUUUUAGAGAUCAUGAGAAAUGAUGUCACACUGGCUCUGUUUCCUGAAUUAGCCAAACAUUUAUGUGUUCAGUGUAUUUGUGAUUUUUACUGAGAGUGCAUUACCUGCUGCCUGGUCACAACAAUGCAGUAAUGUUGCAGCUGACCAACUAAUACAGUUACUCAGAAGUGAACAAAAUAUAUUGCACUAGGCAGCCAUUAUAAUGUAAUUACCAUGCAGCAGUUUAACAUUUGUUUGUUUUUUUCUUCUUCUUUUGUUCUUGAGGCAUUGCCACCAUGUAGAUGCUUGGUCAGUUUUUAAUAAAUCAUUGUAGUUAUGUCAGACUAAAACUGGACCUGACUAUUCUUUGGUCAUGAAAAAUACUGUAAGCCUUCCUAAGCUCGCAUAGUAAAGGGAUCACUUGACCACUGAAGGCCAUGCAUAUCUAAAUAAUCACAAAUGUAGUUAAUUUAUUAGUUAUAACCAAUACAUACAAUCACAUACAUAUAUAUUUAUACCAGUGUGUCUCCUACUGUUGGUUGAAUGCGUUUUGUUAAGGCAGCAAUUGUCAGACUUAAAUAAGUCUUGUCCAAUCACUUCUCAUUUUGUUGAACCAUGUGUACGUGGUAGUGUGUAGCUGCAAAACAUUGGAGAAAUGGAGGUUUUUCCUUAUUCUUACUGUUAUGCGAUGACAGUAUAUUUAAAGAAACGGUGUGCAAGAAGGGGUUUGUCUCUUUCUUAUUUUUUUAUGUCCUCGUGAAAUGAGUUUCAUGUGUACACAUACGUAUUUCUCCCAUUUCAUUUACUGUACGUUUCUACAGAUGUAUUGUUUAUUUCUUCAGUUAGUGUUUGUUUUUGGACAUUUGCCUCUGGUGAUGAUGACUGGUUGGCUUUAGUGAUGAACCCCAACUGAUUUUCUUUAUCAGCUACAGCAGUUGCUUAUGGCAGACUGUCAUACUCUGCACCUAGUGUAGA